ACUUUGCGGCUCAAACCCUCUUUCAGAAAGCCUAUUUCUAUUUAGAGCCAUACAGGGAUUAUUAGAACAAGCACUGGGGAUGUUUCAUAAUGUUGAGAACUUUAUCACAUUGGUUUCACUCCGUUUUGUAUGGUGUAGAUAUCACUUCCAUUCAUACUUCCUAUCAUCAAACUAACACGUGUGAAAGUAAAACUGGAACUACUGGUUUCCCAUUUCCUUGUUUCGUUGCGUCCUUGUCGAGGUGUCGACCAGCUGCUACUCUUAUGUGCGUUCUUGAUUGUGAAUGACAACUGUUUGAAGAUUAUGAAGUCUAGCUGCAAAACACAAUAUGCAAAGGCAACAUUUGGUUUUUGAAACAAUGUGCACCUCUCGUUCUCUUCUAACAUGGGUCAUCAUAUGUUAUUUUAUAAUGGGACCAUGCCACUGUGUGGCCAGACCAAAGAAGAGAUCCUGCCUUGUGCAAGACAGCAGAGCUGACUGCAGCCACCUCAGUCUCAGUGCAGUUCCUCCAGAUCUUCCCCGCAACAUCACCAGCCUGGAUAUGUCUCACAACAGACUGGUGAAAAUUCCCCCUGAGUCACUAAGUCCAUACCCAGGCCUCCUCUACCUUGAUGUCAGUUUCAACAGCAUCACCCAUAUAAAUGGGAGUUUGUGCCAGAUACUGCCUCUGCUGCAUACACUGAACAUGGAACACAACGAAGUGCAUUGGCUGAAAAAGGAAGAUCUGAGCCACUGCGCCAGCCUAACAUGGUUAUAUAUGGCUAGUAACAGGCUAAAACUACAAGGAGAGCCUUUCUUUGCACUACAGAAGCUGAAAUUUCUUGACGUUUCCAAAAACAAACUUCUGUCCGCCAAGCUUGGCUCUCAACCCCAGCUGCCCAGCCUGGUGAACCUCAAUCUGGCAUUCAAUGACUUCACCGCUCUGAAGAAAGAUGACUUUUCUUUCCUCACCAGUUCACCUUAUCUGCAAGUCCUCAAUCUGUCAUCAGUGCAACUAAAAAUGCUGGAGCCUGGUUGUUUUGAGCCCAUCAGAAACCUACACACUUUAAUCAUGGAUGGGAGCAACAUAGGCACUUCAGUUAUUUCCAAACUCUGCUCAGAGCUGUCGGGGACAUCCAUUGACACCCUGUCUCUUCGGAUGAUGAAGCUGCUCACACUCUCAAAUACAACCUUCAUGGGGCUACAGAAAACAAAUCUAACCUUUCUGGAUCUUUCCCAUAAUGGCAUGAAUAAAAUCGAAGGUGGCUCAUUUCAGUGGCUGUCCAGCCUUCAGACACUAAUUUUGUCCGACAACAACAUCAAGCACCUGACCAAGGCCACAUUUCAGGGCCUCAAAAGUCUGAAAAAACUUGAACUGGCAAGCGCUCUGGUGAAAAGUCAUACUUCCUCUACCCCGAUUAUUGAUGAUUUCUCAUUCCAACCAUUAGGUGCCCUGGAGAGUUUGAUAUUACAGAGAACUGCAGUUCGAGAACUCACAGAGCACAUUUUUACAGGCUUGACAAGCCUGAAAGAACUUGAUAUGAGCUGGAGUAGUUACACCUCGCUGAAAACCAUCACCAGCAAGACUUUAGUCUCACUUGCAGGAUCACCUCUCACAAAGCUAAAUCUGAUAGGAACAGCUAUAUCACAGAUUAAUCCUGGAAGCUUCUCUGUUUUGAGAAACCUCACCAUACUUCUUCUAGAUUACAAUUUUGUCAAACAAACUCUCACUGGAAAAGAGUUUGAAGGCCUAGGUCAAGUUCAAGAGCUUCACAUGACCAAUAACCGACAGAUGGUCAAUCUAAACUCCACAUCGUUUGUUUAUAUGCCCAAUCUUAGAAUUCUGACUUUGGGAAAAAGUCUUAUUGCCACAGCCUUGGACCUGAAUCCCUCUCCAUUCCGUCCCCUGUCCAACCUCACCUUCCUGGAUCUCAGCAACAACAACAUUGCUAACAUUAGAGGGAGUAUGCUGGAGGGGCUUGUGAACCUGAAGGUGCUGAAGCUCCAGCACAACAACUUAGCCCGGUUGUGGAAGAGUGCCAACCUAGGUGGGCCAGUGUUGUUCCUCAAAGGAGUGCAGAGCUUGAUGACCUUACAGAUGGAUAGUAACGGACUGGAUGAGAUCCCAGUGGAGGCCCUGCGAGGUCUGAAUAACCUCAGUGAAUUAAGUCUCUCUAACAAUCUGCUAAACAGUCUUACGGACUCAGUUUUUGAUGAUCUGAAUUCACUGCAGGUUUUACGUCUACAGAAGAACCUGAUUACAUCUGUUAGGCCUGAAGUAUUCAAAACUCCAAUGAACAACCUUAGUCUGCUUAUCAUGGACAAAAAUCCAUUUGACUGCACAUGUGAGAGCAUCCUAUGGUUUGUGACAUGGUUGAAUAACACAAAUACGACCAAUGUGCCAGAUCUCAGGGAACAGUACAAGUGCAACACUCCAUUAGUUUACUUUAACCACUCCAUCAUGGAUUUCGACACCCUCUCUUGCAAAGAUAUGACCCCUUUUCAGCUUCUUUACAUACUAAGCACCACAGCGGUCAUGAUGCUGAUUGUAAUUGCACUUCUGGUGCGGUUCCAAGGCUGGCGUAUUCAGUUUUUUUGGAACAUAGUGAUCAAUCGCAUAUUAGGAUUUAGCAAUGCCAGAGCUGAAGAGGUCCAGGAAUUUGAAUAUGAUGCUUACAUCAUACAUGCAAAAGAAGACACCAACUGGGUGAAGAGGAGGAUGGUCCCCUUAGAGAAUAACCGGUGCAGAUUUUUUUGGGAGAAUCGAGAUGCAGUCCCUGGCAUGUCACAGCUUCAGUCCAUUGUGGAAAAUAUGAGAAUGUCCAGGAAAAUCUUGUUUGUCAUCACUGAAAAUCUUCUGAAGGAUCCAUGGUGUCGACGAUUUAAAGCCCAUCAUGCUCUACACCAGGUCAUUGAAGCCAGCAGAGACUCAGUGGUUCUGGUCUUCCUGCAAGAUGUACAUGACUACAAGUUGUAUCAGUCACUCUUCCUCCGCAGGAGCAUGUUGCGGCCGUGUUGCAUCCUGGAGUGGCCUGUCGAUAAGGAGAGGGUGCCUGCCUUUCACCAGAAGCUCCUCAUAGCACUUGGCAUGACUAAUCGAUUGCAGGAAUGACAGACGUUUACUGAUACUAAUAGAUAUUUUUAUUUGUAAUAAUUCCCAAAAUUGGCCAGUUGCAGAUUGUUUUCCUCUGUGAAUAUUUGGAAUUAUGACAUAUACUAUACAUAUAUCAUGGCAUGGGAUGGGCCAGUCAUGCUGUGUGGUGUCAGGACAUGAAUGAUGAAUAUAAUUCAUCUGUAAAAUAUUGUGACACAUAUUUGUUCAUUUUACAUAGUUUUGUAUUAUAAUAACCAGUUUGAAAAACUUUAUUUUAGAGCACAGAAUCAUUAAAUGGAAUAUUCCACUUCAGCCAAAUGAUGUAUUGGGACAUCUAGUGGUUGUAUUAAGAAACUACAGCAUUUUUUGUCAAAUCCAGUGUAAAGCUUCCAUUUGUGCUAUGGCAUAUGCACAUUACAAAGUAGAAUACUUAACUAUUUUAUUUGGUCGUCAUUGUCAGAAAUAAGAGUGACAUAAAAAAAACUGUAAGCUUAUUGUCAGACCAUAAUUAAGGAAUUUGAGGGCAAGAUGUAACAGCACAUAGAGCAGCCUAUCCCCAUUUACAAUAUUUUAUGUUCUAAGUCAUGUUUUCAGUUACACAGCCUGCAGUGGUGACUUUUUCUCCCCUAAGCUGUUAAAUAAUAGAAACUUGUCUUGAAAAGUUGAGGUAUUGUAUGUUCUUUUGCUCUAUUUAUGGCUCCAAGAUGACAAGAUCAAGAUAUGAGAGGUCAAGAUGGGAGCAAAAUACGGUAUCAUUAAAAGCACAUUUGUUAAUAUUACAGUAUAAUGUUCCACACAGUUGGCGUUAAACUAUUUUAAAUAACUAGGUCCCUCACAUCUCUUGGACAGCUUUGAGGAAUGUGUAAAGAUGAUCUCUGCAUUUUAUAAAUAAACUUAAUAUCUUCAAGCUUAGUUUCACAGGGGAUG